AUGGGUCUCAUCAAGUCCGGUAUCAAGUGGGGCACGAUUGGCUACGUUGCCCACCAAGGCUUCAAAGCGGUCGGCGAGAACAAGCAAUCACACCAGCAACAACAGCAGGCACCUCUUCCACGCGACCAGCCGCCAUCAUACUAUCCCCAGCAAGGCCAGCAGGGUCAGAGGUUCCAAGAUGCGAGCGGGUAUCUCCACCAAAGCUGGUGUAACGGACAGUGCGGUCACCACUGCAAUUAUUGA